GUUUCAGUUUUAACUGAAUUGAAAUGGCUUCCUCUUCCACAACCAGGCAAAAUCAAACUCAAUCAGAAAAUGCUUUUGAUCAGAUUGCACCUUGUUCUGCACCUAAAUCUUCAGAGCCGUGGGACAUAUUCAUUAACCAUCGUGGACCUGAUGUCAAACAAACAUUAGCCGCUGACAUCCAUCAUAAACUUCAUUCCAUGGGAUUACAUGUUUUUCUAGAUCUGGAAGCGCUUGAGGCUGGCGAUUCUAUUCCAGCAGAGAUACAACACGCCAUAACUAGUGCUUCCCUUCAUAUUGCCAUUUUUUCUCCCAACUACGCCCAAUCUCCAUUGUGUUUGGCCGAGCUAUCUUUCAUGCUCAAAACUGGUAAAAAAAUCAUUCCCAUUUUUUAUCAUAUUGAUCCCUCUGAUCUCAGAUAUAUUGAUCAAGGAAAAGGAAAAUAUGCGCAUGCAUUCUCAGAGCAUGAAAAGAAGGGCAGAUACAAAUCAGAAAAGCUUGAUGAGUGGAAAGGGGCACUCCACAACAGUUCAUUCCUCUCCGGCUACCUGGUCAGCAAUAACGAGGAUGAGGCCACAGUUUUGAAGAAUAUUGUGAAUUGUGCAUUAAAAAUCAUGAAAAAAGCUCCAUUAUGGGUAGCCGAGCAUCCACUUGGAUUGGAUGAGUUGGUACAAAAGUUCGAAUCAGUUGCAGGAAAAGGCACAGUAAACAUCAGAGGGAUCGUAGGCAUGGGAGGUAGUGGUAAAACCACUUUAGCCAAAGAGCUCUUCAACAGGAAGAUUUCCUCCUUUGAAAGAAGCAGCUUUGUUUUCGACGUGCGAGAUGCAGCAUCGAGAAACAAUCUGCCUGACAAGCAGAAAAAGCUUCUGUCUGACCUCGGUGUCCAUCAUGCUUCAUUCGACCAUGCAGAUGAAGGCAAAGUCAUUCUUGCAAAUCAUUUGAGCUCUCAUCGGGCACUCAUCGUUCUGGAUGACGUGGAUCACAUCGACCAGCUGAAUGCUUUCUUGCCAAACAAAGACAAGCUUGGAUCCCAUAGCUUGGUUAUUGUAACUACCCGCGAAUUGGGUGUCCUUAUUUCAUGGGGUCUCUCCCUGUCUUGUAUUUAUAGAAUACCAGGACUUAACAGGUUGCAUGCCGAGCAGCUAUUCUGCUGGCACGCUUUCUUGCAACCCUUUCCACCGGCUGAAUUUGGAACCCUGGUUAUAGAUUUCUUAAAGGCUUGUGAUGGUUUGCCUCUGUCACUGAAGGUAUUGGGUGCACAGUUAUAUGGCAGAAAGUCUGUAGAUUAUUGGAAGUCCCAAUUACAUAAAAUCUUAAGAAUAUUGCCUGGCGAAAUCCAACAAAGGCUAAAAGUUAGCUAUGAUGCACUUGAUGAAGAAGAGAAGGAGAUGUUCUUGGACGUAGCUUGUUUUUUCAUAGGAGAAAAUAAAAAAAGCAGGGCUAUAGCAGUGUGGGAUGGAUCAGGUUGGAGUGGUCUGCAUGGGUUUGAAACUCUUCUGAAUAAGUGUCUUGUGGAGCUGGUCGAGCAGCAAGUGUACAGGCAUCAUACAUGGGUUGUGGAAAAGAGAAUAAGGAUGCAUGAUCACCUGAGGGAUAUGGGAAGAGAGAUUGCAAGUAGACACUCACCAUACCGUCUCUGGUGUCCACAGCAUAUUGAUAACCUGAAACAUUCCACAGAAAGAGAGCCGAUCCGAGGGAUACAACCUGCAGAUUCUUUUUUGGCGUUCAAAAAGUACACGCAGCAGUUGAUGGGAAACUCAAUCAGACGAUCUAAGCGCCUUCGAUUCUCAAAUGGAUUACAAAUUCUUUCCGUGAGAGGAAGCGAGUUUACAGAAGAAUUUGCAACAUUAUCAGAAGACCUUGUGAUGCUUGUUUGGAAAGAUUUCCCCUUGAGCCAUGUUCCAUCAUGGCUUACAUUAAAAAAUCUAAGGGUUUUAGAGCUUGAUGGUGCUGAUAAGUUGGAAGAACUAUGGCAGAACAAUUCAGAUCCUCCUUUGCAAUUGAGUGAACUUAUUUUAAGGAAUUGUCGAAAAUUGCAAUGGCUUCCAAGCUCGAUAAGACGUCUUCACAAUCUGAAGAGGCGUGUCGCUGACUUUCCUGGUAGCAGUUUGACAGUGGAGUGCUGGGGCCUCCAAUCACUCGAGAAUUCGCGAUUAUACUCGCCAGUGCUAUCUUCACUACCUGAUGGUUUUGACGAUUUAACGAGCUUGAGGAGUAUAGAUCUGCGGUUUUGCGAGCGGUUGUUGCCCGCUUCUUUCAGUCAGCUCUUACACCUGACAGAUCUAAAUUUAUCAAACUGUGAAAUGCUGUCAUCACUACCUGAUGAUUUUGGCAAUUUAACGAACUUGAGGAGUAUAGAUCUGCGGUAUUGCAAGCGGUUGAACAUGUUGCCCGCUUCUUUCAGUCAGCUGUUACAUCUGACAGAUCUAAAUUUAUCAAACUGUGAAAUGCUGUCAUCACUACCUGAUGAUUUUGGCAAUUUAACGAGCUUGAUGAGUAUAGAUCUGUGGUAUUGCAAGCGGUUGAACAUGUUGCCCGCUUCUUUCAGUCAGCUGUUACACCUGACAGAUCUAAAUUUAUCACACUCUGAAAUGCUGUCAUCACUACCUGAUGAUUUUGGCAAUUUAACGAGCUUGAGGAGUAUAGAUCUGCGGUAUUGCAAGCGGUUGAACAUGUUGCCCGCUUCUUUCAGUCAGCUGUUACACCUGACAGAUCUAAAUUUAUCACACUGUGAAAUGCUGUCAUCACUACCUGAUGAUUUUGGCAAUUUAACGAGCUUGAGGAGUAUAGAUCUGCGGUAUUGCAAGCGGUUGAACAUGUUGCCCGCUUCUUUCAGUCAGCUGUUACACCUGACAGAUCUAGAUUUAUCAAACUGUGAAAUGCUGUCAUCACUACCUGAUGAUUUUGGCAAUUUAACGAGCUUGAGGAAUAUAGAUCUGCAGUAUUGCAAGCAGUUGAAGAUGUUGCCCGAUACUUUCUAUCAGCUGUUCGACCUGAUCAAACAAAACAAAAGUAGUGGCCGGCGAGAAACAAAGAGUUAGGGAGGCCUUUCACCAAUUACUGGAACUUAUGGAAUAAUUGGCAGGUGCACAAAUGUAUUGUGAGUUACAUAUCUUAAAGUUUGGUGGACAGUUAUCUAAGAAUUUUUUAAAACAACAGCUGCAGAUAUAAUAAUUGUUUUACAUUCAUAAAAUUAAAUUUUCUUUAUUCAAUAUAAUUAUUAAAUA